CAGCACAUACAGACCAGGCCUCUAACCACUCCCUGGGAGCCUGCGUGCCAGCAGCCUGGAACUCAGAGCCAAUCCUGGAGCCUGCACAAUCAAUCCAGACUGAAGCUGAUGUCUUCUAGAGAGACGGAAGUGCAAUCCAGCCAGGGCGCAGCAGAAUUUUGAGAGGCCCGAAUGCCUCCGCGUCCACCAGGGGACCGCUGGGACUAAUUCUCUUGGCAAACUUGUGGCCAGCCAAAACUGCCAUGCUUCACAUCCCUGUUAUCCUUGGUUACCGUCCAAGAUAUGCUCUUUCAUCUGGACUCUGUAAUGCACUGCAUUAGCCCUCUACCCAGAAAAUGUCAGCUCUCCGUCAAAGUAGGAAGCCUCUCUCUGCAUCCCAAAUGGGAAAAAUGCUGACAGAACUUUUAACUUCAAAUUUUAUGAAGUGGCUUACAGAAGAGAUGAAAUGUGGUCUGAGGGACGAUAUGACUAUGAAAGACCUCCAAGAGAAAGAGUACCUCCUCGAAGUCACCCCAGUGAUGGCUACCAUAGAGUAGUUAAUAUUGUGCCAAAGAAACCACCACUGCUAGACAGACCUGGUGAAGGAAGCUACAGUAGAUAUUACAGUCAUGUUGAUUACCGAGAAUAUGACGAGGGCCGCAGUUUUUCUCAUGAUCGAAGAAGUGGUCCACCUCACAGAGGAGAUGAAUCUGGCUAUCGGUGGACAAGAGAUGAUCAUUCUGCAAGCCGACAGCCUGAAUACAGGGACAUGAGAGAUGGCUUUAGAAGAAAAAGUUUCUACUCUUCCCAUUAUGUGAGAGACCGGUCUCCUCAUAAAAGAGACACUCCUUUUUUCAGAGAAUCACCUGUAGGCCGAAAGGAUUCUCCACACAGCAGAUCUGGCUCCAGUGUCAGCAGUAGAAGUUACUCCCCAGAAAGAAGCAAAACUUACUCUUUCCAUCAGUCUCAACAUAGAAAGUCCGUGCGUGCUGGUGCCUCCUACAAACGGCAGAAUGAAGGAAAGCCAGAAAGAGGUAAAGAAAGACCUGUUCAGUCUUUGAAAACAUCAAGAGACACUUCACCCUCAAGUUCUUCAGCAGUUCCUUCAUCAAAGGUGUUAGACAAACCCAGUAGGCUAACGGAAAAGGAACUUGCUGAGGCUGCAAGCAAGUGGGCCGCUGAAAAGCUAGAGAAGGCAGAUGAAAGUAACUUACCUGAAAUUUCUGAGUAUGAGGCGGGAUCCACGGCACCAUUGUUCAUUGACCAGCCAGAAGAACCUGAGCCAAAUGCAACAGAUGGCAUAGAAUUAUUCGAAGACAGUCAGCUAACCAGUCGCUCUAAAGCAAUAGCCUCAAAAACCAAAGAGAUUGAACAGAAAGUCAUCAUUUGUAAGGGGGAACGUCCAUCUCUUCUUUCUUCUUAUUUGGUUUACCGACAAGACUGUGAAACUUUUGGGAUGGUUGUGAAAAUGCUGAUUGAAAAAGAUCCUUCAUUAGAAAAGUCUAUACAGUUUGCAUUGAGACAGAAUUUACAUGAAAUAGGUGAGCGGUGUGUUGAAGAACUCAAGCAUUUUAUUGAAGAGUAUGAUACCUCUAGUCAAGAUUUUGCAGAGCCUUUUUAGAUUACUUGCUCAGGCAAAAAAAAAAAGUUUCUAGAUUUUUUCCCCCCCUGGAUUGUGUAAAUCCUUAAUAUAUGGAAUUUUUGUGAUGAAGAGAUAUACUUUAUGACAGUGACCAUAUUUCCAAUAUCAAAUAAACAUCUAAAAUAGUCUAAGAUAUUUUAAUUAGAAUUUUUUGUUAUCUACAUGUAGAGCUUCCUAAUCCAUACUUAUCUUUUUUUCCCUCCUAAAAUGAUGGAUCAGUUAAUUUUUCAAGCUUUCUUGAAAAUGCAGUCCUGGAGAGCAGCUUUCUGCACUUACUCAUGUCCUGUAGUCUUCCUUAGUAUACGAUCAUUUGUUUGGUCACACUAGCGUAAUGUAUAGGUUAGAGGUCAUUCCACUUAAACAUUUAUAGUCUUUUUGCAUUUCAUAGUCAGUGAUACCAUGUGAAGAUGUUAGAAUCCUGAGGUGAUUUUAUUGACUUGUUGCUUGCUUAUCUUAGGCUUUGUAACUUUUAAUAUGUUUAAGUAUAUUACCCAAAUAAACUGAAUACUUUGUUCACUUUGAGGAUAAUUCUCAUUGUGAUAAAACAGAGCACUUAAAUCUCUAAAAGUCACCCCAUAAUAAAAUCCUGUUUUCCAAGUAAA